AAUUGUUUCCGCCAGACGAAUCUCCGUUACCAGUAACAUCGCGGGUAUGCUUUGUGAAGUUCCGUGAGGCAGAGUCCGUGGGGGUGUCUCAACAUCUGACCAACACAGUCUUUGUGGACCGCGCGCUGAUAGUUGUUCCGUUCGCUGAAGGUUGGUGUGCUACAUACCUUUGCGUGUUUGUUGUGAACCAUUCUUAUGUGACCCCAUACUGUUGGGAGAGUGAGGUCAUCCUGAAACUCCCAGUCUGGAAACAAUCCUCUGUCAUCUUGAUAUGAAGGCUUAGCUACCAUUUUUCAUUUGUCCCUUGUCUUUGGGGUUUGUUGGGGGUGCGUCACUCUCCCAAUACAGGUUCUGUCUACUUCCCAUCAGGUCCAGAUUUGUAAAAAAAAUAUCCUUUAGCUGGGUUCUUAUUAAAGGCCUUUGGCACACUAUAAGAACAUAGGCUAAAUAAAGCAAGAAUUAAGAAUGACCAAAACAAAUGGCGUCCCAUUGCCUUAACCUGUGCAUAGGAUCAGUUGCAUGGACUGCACGUUAACAUGGCACUGACAUGAACACACCUAGUAGAUGGGGUCAGUGCCUUGGUCACUGAUCGUCGUCUGUCUCAGCAUAACUCAAGUCUAUCAAAGGUCUGUUAUAGGGUCCCCGGACAGCGCAACGCGGGGCCAGAGGCUUCCCAGAAGACAGAUGAAGUAUUUGUGCUAAAAGCAUAACCAUGUCUUUGAAAUAAUUUAUUUUCUCUCUCCUCCCACACCAGACUUCUCGUCUAUUAAACUUCUCUCUGUUAUUUGUGUGUGUGUGAUUUUUGUAGUGGAGAAGGCAAAAGCAGAGCCCGCUCCUUGAUGGCUGAAAGUGGUCUUCUGCCUGCCAACAGGGGGAUUGUAGACAGUUACAAAAGGCCAGCAAGCAUUUCAAGCCCCCACCCCCCCUUUCUCUCUCUCCAUUUUUUAAUCUGUUCUCUCUCUGUGUUCUUUCUCUAAUUCUCUUCUUCAGAUGCAUCAUGCAUUUUAGAUGAAAAACAACAAUAAUUGCACUUCAGUUUAACGUCUGAGAAACAAUAUUUGCAGUCAAUCGAUCCUACUGCUUUAUAAUCUGAAGUUUAUGAUUCCAAAAUUGCAGUGCUUUUAUCCGCUGUCUUAGUUGUGAAUAGUCACAUGAAUUGGAAUUUAUAGUCAGAAGCACUGCAUCCUUUAAUGGUCACACUGUACAACUGUGCAGGUGACGAUACAAUUCCCAAAUAGUGGUCUUGUAUUCUCUUCGUCUCUCAUCCCAAAACAUUCAGAUUUUUUAAGAAAUAGUUUGCUUUUAUAUCAUCUCAAUUUGAAAGUGGUCUGAAGUUUUACAAUCUGAAGCACAGACUCACUUUGUGAUUGGACAGUCAGAUGAUGCUUUUGCACAGUUGUAUUGUCAGUGAUAUCAGAAAGGUAACUGAUGUGAAUGAGCCACUCCACAUGUAAUGCGUGACUGGUGCAGUGCCCUCUCUUUAACAGUGGUCUUUCUGUUUUUGUUGUUGUGUUUUACAGUUCUUUUUCCUGGCUCUGCCAGCCCUGUUUACCAGACCCCUGCAGAAAAUGCCACCCAACAGUUUUGUCUCCUGCAGCACAGUCUUCUCUCUCAUGUUGCCUGUUCUAUGUGUUUCUGUGUAUACUCUGUCCCUGUGUUACUCGGUUUAUUUUCAAGUCAUGCACACGGCACAAACACACACACACACACACACACACACACACACACACGUCCACACAGCACACAUACACACGUCCACACACAUGUAUAAUUUAGCAUCGAUCCCGUUAAGAAUAUUUUUAUGUUCUGGAUUCGUUUUCUCUUCCCUUCCCCCCUCUUCCCAGAAGCAAAGGCUAUUAUUUAGCUCAGUGGUAACGUUGACGGGCUUUUGUUGGCUGUGAAACCCGAGAGCUUCCAGUUUUCUGAGCUCUCCACUUUAGGCCCAGAUCCGAAGCCCCAUAGGUAGAAUAUGUGAGUGAAUAUGUAUUAGGUUUGUGUGAAGGGCUGGGCUAUUUUGAAUGAUCCCGUACUGUCAGGUAAGGAUGGUUUCCAGCAAAAGCCCAAAACUAGAAUUAUGAAUCGUAAAUGUCAAUUAAUUCUUAAUUCACAUGAUGCAUAAGAAUCAUUGUGUUGCUGGUAAGUCUCACCAAGACAUGAUGUACCAUGUUAAUGUUGACCUCCGAUAUCUCUUAAACUCUUUUUGUUUUGUGUAUCUCGAUUUUUCUUCUGUGUGCUCUUUUAGCGAAGCAGCCAACGUGAGUCGCUUGUUCAUAAAACACCUAUAUGAAAGUUGAGAGCACAUCCCCUGUGGAGAACCGACUGUGCUCGCUAACGUUUGGUUCAUGACUUAAAAAACGAGUUCAGGGGUUAUUCCUGAUGAGGCAAAAGCUUUGUCUCUGCUGGCGCCAGCAAAUGCAGUGGCGGGGAUUCUUCCAGGCGGUGGUCUUCUGCCCACCCCCAACCCCCUGGCAUCGGUGACGAUGGGAAAUCCUUUGGGUGGCCUGGGAGCACCCAACAUGGACCCAUCUCUGGGAGCCUUUGGACUGCCAGGAGCAAACAUGAAUCCUCAGUCUCUCACUGCUGAACAGCUGCUGAAGAUCAUGACUUCUGUCGAUCCAAAAAUGAACCCCAUGGCGGCUGGCAUGGGUCUGAACCCUGCAGCAAUGAAGGCAGACGCGGCCAGCAAAGAGAUCGAGGAGGCCAUGAAACGGGUGCGAGAGGCCCAGUCCCUGAUCUCCGCUGCCAUCGAACCUGGCAAUAAGAAGGAGAGCAAGCGGAGCAAGCACUCGCGCUCCAGGUCCAGGUCCAGGCGGAGGAGGUCCCGCUCCCGCUCCAGACACAGGCGCUCCAGGAGCAGGUCUAGACGGCGCUCGCGCUCCAGGAGCAGACGACGAUCCAAGAGUCCCCGCAGGAGGAAGUCUCACUCCAGAGAUAGAGGCAGACGAUCGCUGAGCAAGCCCAGGGACAAGAGGAAGGAUGACCGAGACAAGAAGCGCUCCAAAACACCCCCCAAGAGCUACAGCACCGCCAGGAGGUCACGCAGCACCAGCCGGAGAAGGAGGAGAAGCCGCAGCGCUAGCCGGAGUCCCAAGAGGAUUGUGUCAAGGUCUCCUUCGCCCAGAAGACACAAGAAGGAGAAGAAGAAGGAGCGCGAGCGCGAGAAGGAUCGAGGGCGCGACCGAGACAGGAAGUCCGAGAAGGACCGAAGCCGAGACAACAGGGAGCGCUCCACCAGCAAGAAGAAGAAGUCCAAAGACAAGGACCGGGACCGCGACAGGAAGUCAGACAGCGAGAAAGGAGACGUCAAGGUCACGCGUGACUACGACGAGGAGGAGCAGGGUUACGACAGCGAGAAGGAGCGCGAGGACAAGAAGGAAUCGAAGGAAUCGGACGACUCCGGCGCCUCACCUGUCCACGCCAAGGGCAACGGCGUGGGGGCAGCCAAGGAGGCCAAGCUGAACGGCGACGACCACCACGAGGAGGAGGACAUGGAAGUCAGCGACUGAGCCAGACAAACCAAUGUUAACUGUUAUCCCGAAAAAAACUCACUCCUAAUCAGUUCAGAGUACCAGGUUACACACCCAAGAUGCGAUGACUUAACAUGGCAUAUCACUCACAACAGAAAAAAAACAUUUUAACCCCUUUUUUUGACCAUUUUAGUUCAUGUGUAUAGCUGUUUUCCCUCCUCUGACAGACAUAAAGUCAAUCCAUUAGUUAUGGUGGAUCGGUCUGAAGACGGAAAGUAAUGUCAUUUUUUUCCCCAUUUUGUUAUGUUUCUUUGGAAAAGAGCAGGGCAGUUAAAAAUUGAAUGGUUGUAAUUUUUUAGUGGACCUGGGUCUGUGAUGUUGGUAACGGUGAGGCCCAUGUCACAAUUUUUUUUUUUUUUUUUAAAUGCGUUGACCUUAACUUGAUCAUUACGCUUUGAAUUAUUUGAAGUCAUGUAAGCUUGAUACAUUGUGUAUAGCCCUGUCCCUCAUGAAGGGACAUUCAUAAUCAGAACUCGUUCCCCCCCCCCCCUCACAUCCUUUCUUGUCAGCAGCUGUUUGUAUCCAGCAGUUUUUCUCCUCUGGUGAUCUUACAGAAGUAUAUAUUCAAAGUGUGCCGUCAUUCUUGUUAAUGGCAACGUGUCGUUUCCCCUCUGAGAAUCAAUGGCUAAUGUACAGUAUAGUCCUAUGAUGCUUAAGAUCCCAGUAGCCAAUAUUCAGUAGAGUUGGAUUGCUGAACGUUUAUUUGGGUUUGUGAUGUGUUUUAUUGUUGCCUCUUUUUAUACUAUAAAUAAACAGACGUGGUUGAAAAA